CAAGCCUUACUUCAAAUUUCCACAUCUCAAAAUUCGAGGGCUUCAAUUCAUAUACAACGCCUACACGCGUACUCUUAUAUACAUAACGAAUAUAUGUACGUAUUAAUCUAUAUCUGAUAUCGAUAUAUUUCGUCGCCGGUAUCGAGAAUUGCGAGAUGGAGAUUUUAAUGAAACUCUGGGGUUUGGAUUUGGUAGCAUUGAGGGGGUUUGUCUUUUCGAUAUUCAUUCUGAAUUUUGUGUUUUCUUGCCAGAUACUCUUCCUCCAACCACUUGUUGCUGCUUUAGAUGGUCAACCUAGUGAUGCUGCCGCUCUUUUCGAAAGAGCUUCACAAAGUAUAAAAGUGAAGAAAUAUAGUGAAGCACUCGAUGAUCUUAAUGCUGCUAUAGAGACCGAUCCUGGACUUUCAGAAGCAUAUUGGCAUCGAGCAUCUAUUCUUCGUCAGUUUUGCAGAUAUGAAGAAUCAGAAAAAAGCUACAAAAAGUUUCUGGAGAUGAAACCCAGGAAUUCAGCUGCAGAGAAGGAGCUUUCUCAAUUAUAUCAAGCUCAAAGUGCCUUGGAUUCAGCUAAGAACCUUUUUGAUUCAGGCGACUUCACGAAGGCAUUGGAGUUUAUUGAAAAAGUUGUACUUGUUUUCUCUCCAGCCUGCUCUAACGCCAAACUCCUUAAAGUGAGGCUAUUAUUAACAGCUAAAGAUUAUUCCAGUGUCAUAUCUGAAACGGGAUAUGUUCUCAAAGAAGACGAGGAUAACUUAGAGGCUUUGCUGUUACGUGGUCGUGCCUAUUAUUAUUUGGUGGAUCAUGAUGUUGCUAUUAGGCAUUACCAGAAGGGUCUUCGCCUAGACCCUGAGCACGGUGAAUUAAAGAAAGCGUAUUUUGGAUUGAAAAAUCUGCUCAAAAAGACUAAAUCUGCAGAAGAUAAUGCAAGUAAGGGUAAGCUUCGUCUUGCAGUGGAGGAAUAUAAGACUGCCCUUGCCUUGGACCCAGAUCAUACUACAUAUAAUGUACACCUUCAUCUUGGAUUAUGUAAGGUCUUGGUGAAGCUUGGUAGGGGAAAGGAAGCAGUAACAAGUUGCUCAGGAGCUCUUGAAAUUGAUGAAGAGCUUCUUGAAGCUCUUGUCCAGAGGGGUGAAGCCAAACUUUUGGUAGAAGAUUGGGAGGGAGCUGUAGCCGAUUUGAAAUCAGCAGCAGAAAAGUCACCUCAGGAUAUGAAUAUUCGUGAAGCACUAAUGAGGGCUGAGAGGUCUUUAAAACUAAGCCAGCGGAAGGAUUAUUACAAGAUUUUGGGAAUUUCGAAAACUGCAUCAAUGUCGGAGAUUAAACGGGCUUAUAAGAAGCUUGCGUUGCAGUGGCAUCCAGAUAAGAAUGCUGACAAUAGAGCAGAAGCAGAGGCCAAAUUCCAGGAAAUAGCAGCUGCAUAUGAGAUUCUUGGUGAUGAAGAAAAACGUACCAAAUAUGAUAGUGGCGAAGACAUUGAUGAGGGUAUGGGAAUGGGUGGUGGAGGAUUUAACCCUUUUGGAGGAGGGGGCCAGCAAUAUACAUUUCACUUUGAAGGAGGUUUUCCUGGCGGGGACUUUGGUGGCUUCCAUUUCUGACCUCGAGGAAGUUUGGAAAUAUGUUUCACUAACAGCUUUUCUGCUGAGACUCCGGAGACUAUUUAGAACAGCAUUUUUGUCUAACCCCUAACAGCUGAAAUGCACACACAUUUAUAGGCAUUUUUUACGGGCUGUCUGAUUAUGAAAAAGAUCUUAUGUGAGGAAGUUUAACUCUGCGGGGAUCAACAUUCUGAAAUAUUAAAGAACAUAGUCGAUUGAAGGAAAACGACAACCCCUUUAUUUGAAUUGUAACAUGUGCAUAGAAAUUUUUGUACGGAGUUUUGUGGUACAGAUGUCCUCUUAAUACAAGGAAAUGGAUGUUUUGUUUUUGAUGCUUGGAGCCAUCAAAAGAUUGUUCAACACAUGAAUUCUGCAAAAUAUUGAGGUGUACUUUUUGGCUUUUGCAGGAAAUCCUCUUGACAAUUCACAUAUCUGGAAAAUCUGUAUCAUUUGUUUAUGUGAUAAGGAUAUUGAUAUUAUUUUCUGAGGAUCUGAUUUGUAACAACAAAAUUGUAUGACUUUUGAGUCGAUUAGUUGCUGAAAAAAUGUUUUUUUCUU